AUGAGCUUCCGGCAGCUGCUCCCUGACCAGACCGUAUGUGCGGGUGCCGAGUACGUCGCAGAGUUGAUGAUUAUCUUCUUGUUUCAGCUGGGAGAAUACCUGGCUCUUUCCUCCAGCGGUCAGAGUACGGCCGCACCCUCGGACGUUGAUGAGCCGGGGCCAGCUCCCACUGUGCCGCGCAUCCACAAACACCGUCCUCCGCGGGUCCCCGCGGACCAACUGCGUACUGCCCUGCUAGCCGCUAUUGGUCAGGACGCUGCUGCAUCCACUGCCGACGGAGACGAUCAGCUAGAUGAAGAGGAUGAGGCCGAGGAGGAGGAGGAGGAGGAAGUCAUCGACUUGAACGCACCUGGCGAUGCAUCUGGGAGAGAGGAGGAGGGGGACGAGGAGUACGAUCUUACAGAGGACCUCGGCGUCCGCGAUCGCAGACCGCCCCUCAUUCUCAAACGCGGACGGCGUAAAGUUAGUAGGAAGGGCGAAGCGGAGGAGGAGGAGGAGGCGGAUUCUGACGACGAUUUGGACUUUGCUGACAUGGAAACUCGCAUGUCAGAUAGUGAAGACAGUGAUGGGAACCGUCAGCACAAAAAACGAAAAGGGAUGCGGGAGGAAGGGGUCGAUCCGGCGGAAAGGAAGAAGCGGAGGAAGAGCCUGCAGGUAGGUUGGAAUCAUGUCCCGUCUUACAGUUAUGAUGUUUUAUAUGGUCAUCCUUAAAAUGCCUAAAGUUGCUUACCGGCAUAUUUUACCUAGUAAAGUUUUGAGACCUGCCUCUGCGUUGUCUUUUAGCGCAAAAAAUUGCUUUUGAAACGGAAAAAACGAGAGAGCAAUCUGGAGAAACUCAAGGACCUGGUAAGUUUAGCUCUUCUGACAUUCCAAUUUGUUUUUCUUAAAAUCUGGGUGACUUUUCUCACUUUCUCAUCCUCAUUUGCAGUGGGUCGCAACUGAGGAUGGAGAAGAGGACGACAGGUUCGACGACUUCCUCUUGAACCCCGCAUUUGGUGUCAGUCAAAUGCAUCGCAACUAUAAGGACGCGUUAGAUUUUCUUAACUUUAUGCGCCGGCGACGAGCCCCAAAGGUGGCGGGCUCGGUAAAGUCCUGA